AUUUGAGUCCUAAGCCUUUUGGGUGGAGAAUUUUGGACCUCAAAAUUUUGUCUGGUUAAGGUUGUUCACACUUUGCUGACACACACCUUGAAAAAUCUUCCAUUUCCCCCCACACUUUUUGCUCUGCACACAAUCUUUCUUUCUCCUAUAACUUCCUGACCUUUCAGCUUAUGAAUCUUUGACUACAAUUGUCAAUUGCUGAUCUCCGAUUCUCUUGGAUACCCACUAGCUCUUUCUUGGUAUUCUCUAGUUGGUACCUCUUAUUUUCUUGAAUUACACCUUGCAAGACAGAAUUUUUUGAUCUGGGAAUUCUCAUUUUAAGCUUAGAUUGGGUGUGUUUAAGAGAGAAAGGAUGGUGGGAGCUUUAUCUAUCAUGGGUUCGUCGGUGGUGGACUCUCAUACUAGUCCAUGUUUGUGUUUGGAUGCACUGCCUUCAACCAAUAUGAACCUCAAGAGUGGUGGAGAUUUGGUUUUCCAUAGGAAUUCAAUGAACAGGAAGCGUUUGGGGAAGCUAGGAUCCGUGGAGCUAAGAAGUUCUUUCAUUGAUUCCGGGCGUGAGUUGCGGCUCUCAAGGAAAGCACUUUCGGGUAUUGUUAAUAGGAGUUCGAGGAAGCAGAGAAAGGAUCGGAGAUUUGUGAUUGUCAACGAGCUUGGCGGGCAGUAUGAAGACAGUUUUGAGGAUGUCAAAACGCAAAUUCUCAACUAUUUCACAUACAAGGCUGUGAGGACCGUUCUUAAUCAGCUUUAUGAAAUGAACCCAACGCAAUAUAGGUGGUUUUAUGAUUUUGUUGUAUCAAACAAGCCUAAUGAUGGAAAACGUUUCAUCCGUUCCCUUGGAAAGGAGAAGCAAGACCUUGCUGAGAGAGUGAUGAUAACACGGCUUCACCUGUAUGGUAAAUGGAUUAAGAAAUGUAAUCAUGCUGAAAUAUAUCAAGAGAUUUCUGAUCAAAACUUGGAGUUGAUGCGUGAACGUCUCAUGGAUACUGUGAUAUGGCCCUCGGAUGACACAAACACGGAGAGGAUUGGCUGACAACUUUCAAGUUCAUAUAUUCUUCAGUUUUUCUUCUCCCCUCUGUUAUUCCUAGUCUAGGUAUAUUUUAAUUCAUAAUCAAGGUCCACUGAAUGUCAUUUAAAUCAUUUUCUACAAAACUAAUAGAAUGUCGUAUUCUGUAAAUUGUAUAUAUAAAUACCAACAACUUCGAGAGCCAGAAUGAAAAUGACAAACUGAGUUUUUCUCAAUUGAAUCCAGU